CUAAAAAUGUCAGUUGUAUCUUCAAGAGUGAGCAGUGUUUCAUCAAUUUUAAAAACUCCUGGAAUAAGAUCACAACUUAUUAGACAGUCUAAUAGAGUAUAUUUCAAACUUCCAAAAAAUCUUAAAAGUAUUAUCUAUAAUUUUGAAACUGGUAAUGGAACAAAAGAUUACGAAGAUUUAAUAUGUACUUUACGAGAUUCAAAUAUAAAGGAUACAGAUUUAAUAGAAUUUUUAUCAAAUGUAAGACAAUGUAUAUCAUUACUUAAUCCUAUUCAUAAAGUAUUUGUAGAAACGCUUUUACAAAUAAAAUGGACAAAUCGUUCUUCAGAUAUGACAUCUGCUUAUAAAGCAUUUAUUGAAGAUUUAAUUUGUAUGCAAAUUCAUUAUGCAAAAAAUGUAAUAGACAAUUUAGUUGAACAAUUUAAACCAGAUGAAAAUGAUAAUAUUGAAUGGAAAAAUGGAGAAUGCAGAGAAGAAGACAUUCAAAGGUUGAAUCAUAUACAUGAUAUUCUUCAAAAAAUUUUAGAAGUUGUACCAAUGUCUAGUAAAGUUCUACUACAAUCUCUUAGAGCAAGAUUCCCAUAUAUUGUUCAUGAAACUCAUACACAUGAAGUUUAUGUAUAUGCAUUAAUUCAAAUAAUAGAAUAUGCACCACAAUUACGAUCUGAUAUUCUAUCUCUAAUUAUUAAUAGAUUGAUGGUAUUAGAUGUAAACAUACCACGUUUAGAGAUAGAUAAUGAAGAAGAAGACUUGAUGGAUGAUAGUAGUGAGUGUGAUAGUACACUUGAUACUGAGAACAAUGUUGAAGAAAAUAAUAUAACAGAAACAGAAAAAAUAUAUCCAAUAGCUCAUAAAUUGGAUGUAUGCAUGGAACUGAUUCUGAAAUACAUGCAUAACUCUUGUUUUAUUAACAAAGUUUUGCAAAUAGAAUGUUUAAAAAGUCUCUAUUUUGAUAUGUUACGAAUAUUCGAAACAGUAAUAUUACCUACUCAUGCGAGUCAAUACGUACAAUAUAUUAUGUUCUAUAUUUGUAGUUUUAAAGCAGCUGUUGUGGAGGCUUUUAUAGAUUGGUUGUGGCGAAAAGCAUCUGAUCCCAAUGAACCUUCAAUUAUACGACAAUCAUCUAUAGCUUACAUUGCUAGUUUGGUAAUUACAGCAACAUUUAUUACAACUGGAUUAGUAAAAACAGUGCAAUUUAAAAUAUCCAAAUGGAUACAUAAUUAUAUUAAUAUGCAAGACCAUUCAAAUUAUAUGGAAGACGAAAAUAAAGAACACAAUGUAUUUUAUUCUAUUUGCCAGGCAUUAUUUCUUAUAAUUACUAAAAGACAUAAUGACUAUCCUGAUUCAAGAAAGUAUAUGUUAUAUUUACAAGAAUUAGAUUUAGCAAAAAUUAUAACAUGUAAAUUAAAUCCAUUAAAAGCUUGUCAUCCUGAAAUUAUGCAUAAUUUUGCAGAAAUUACUAGAAUAUAUCAAUUAGCAUAUUGUUAUACUAUAAUUGAAAAUAAUACUCGAAAUCAGCUUCCACUUUUUGAUAGUAAAAAAGGAACAACAUCUACAAUAGAAAAUUUUUUCCCAUUUAGUUUUUACACAUUACAACGAAGUGGACAAAGAAUGAUUCCUAUAUUGCGUGAUAAUGUUAAUAGUAGUGAGCAUAGAACAACUAUAAAAUAUAGGGAAGAUAUUUGAUAAAAUUUAGCAGUUUAACUUGUAAUUAAUAUAUUUACAAUAAAUUAAAAUGAAAAUACAAAAUAAA